GUUUGAUACGACUAAAUCAUUUUUAAAUGAAGAACAUGUAAACAUAUCAACUCGAGAUGAAUUGCAAAAAAAAAUUGAAAGACUUUCAACCACACAUAUUCUUUCAAAGCUAAAUCAUUCGCAACUUAUAAUUUCACGUAGAAAUGAAAUAGUUGAAUGUGGCACAUGUAAAGAUGAUGAGAGAAAUGAUUCGCAAGAAAUUUUUAAUAUACUCGAAUAA